GUAACCUCCAAACUCUAUCACUCUCAUUUUCAUUUAUCACCUUAACUUUUCUCUCUUAUUUUUGCUCUAUCUUUUUUUCCUACUUAAAUUUUUUAGAGAUAAACAUAUUUAUUUGUGUUGGGGGAAAAAAAAAGAAGCAAUGGCAAUGAAGCUUUUGUGUACCAUUUUCAUCUUUGUUAUGUUCCUCCACUUUUCUCCAGCAGAAAAUCAUCCAACCCAUACUCAUGAAGUUGCUCCAAGUCCAAGCCCACAAUCCUCAAAUAGUACAAACAAUCUGCCUUCGUAUGGCUACACCCCAGGAAGCCUCCAGCCUCAAGAAUGUGGACCGAGAUGCUCAUAUAGGUGUUCAAAUACGCAAUACAAGAAGCCAUGUUUGUUUUUCUGUAACAAAUGUUGUGCAAAGUGUUUGUGUGUUCCUACUGGUACUUACGGCAACAAGCAAUCUUGCCCUUGCUACAACAAUUGGAAGACCAAGAGGGGUGGUCCCAAAUGCCCUUAAUCUUUAACUAUUUUUAAUUCUUAUUACAAAUCUUACAACUUUUGUGUACGUACUUACCAUUUUAAUACGUUCUUUCGUGUUAUUUCUCCCUGUCUUUCUCAAUUUCUAUUUUGUAAUACCAAAAAUACUUAUUGUUAGUAAUAAUAUAUAAUAUAAUACAAUAUAAUGUAAUGUGGUAUAAUAUA